UUCCAGUUUUAGAGGGACGCUGAGAGCAUGGGUAUUCAUGUAUUUUAAUGUCAGUAGCACCCAUUUCCACGUCUGUGUAGGCAUAAUCCAUGGCGAUUGUGUAGUACAGACUACACGGAAACCCACAUAAAUGCUUUUGCUGUGUGCUUGGACAUCCCGGCAUUCGCUGGGCCCAUUGAACUGGACAGGACCAAAGGAAAAUAGCUGGAGACUACAUCGGAUGUUAAAAGGCGGUUUCGAGAGGAGAGACGGACAUUCGGAAUGGCGUCGGAUACACGCACUUUGACACCAGGGAACUGUAUGCUGCCCCUCCUCAUUAACAAGAAAAUCGACAUCGACAAAACUGUGGUAGAGACGAAGCUGAUAGAUCUUCGUCAUUUUCUCGAAGUAAAGACUGGGUAUCCGGAAGAAUUUGCGAUCUUAAAUGUGAUAGGUCUCCUUAACCUCCGACUUCACCGCUAUGAGGAUGCUCUAAAGUGCUUCCACGAAGUCUUAUCAAAAGAUCCUGAGAACCUUAAUGCCUUGGCCAACCUACAGUAUGUCCUGGAGAAGCUCUUUAAGCUAGCUGAAGCACAAACCUACAAGGAGAGGUGGUGUGAUCUUCUUCACUCAACUGAAAGUGAGACUGACUCUGCUGAGCCUGGAGCGAUUGCGAUAGCAGCGACGAAAAAGCAAAGAUGCUCCCAAGCCCGGUGCUUAGCCGAGCAGGCUUAUUCGCAUACCUUUGAUAUUCACAGUGACAAUGCCGCUGGGAAAAGAGCCAUGCAGUCAAUUGAACUAUAUCAGGAGGCUCUCACAAUGGCUGGAGAAGAUGUCGAGGAAACUGAGAGAAAUGAGUGGAAGUUCUGUGUAGCGGUCAAUGAACACAAACUUUUCACAAGCUCGCUUUACUUUAACCAGCCUGAUUCAAAUAAACCCGAAGUUCACCUUCAAAAUGCGUUGAAGCUCUUUUCUGAACUCACUCAAGCUGGGCGCGGCAAAGAUAAAGAAAUCCUAUGGGAUAGCUGGUGUCAUUUGGGCGAUAUUUUCAGGGUCAUGAAACUGAGAAAAACAUGUCAGUGUUAUGUAUCUCCAAAUCUGACAGUGUAUCGAAACGACCCCAAGAAGUGUAUGACGAAAGCCCUGGAGAUAUCCCCCCACAAUGCGAGGCUAUUGGAACGCUAUGGAAACUUUGUUUAUUCCCUCUUUAAGGAUAGAAAAGAGUCUCUAAAACUGCUGAACAACUCCAUCGAUGAAGAUAACAGCGUCAACAACUGGAGAGCCUUUUCCACAAGGGCCAUGGUAAACCUGAAGCACUACAAGUCACAGAAAACGCAAAAUGCUCCCAGAUUGAGGGGGAUUCUUGAAAGCGCCUUGAGUGAUCUAGAGAAAGCGGUCUCCAUGAAUGCCACGCCAUGGAAUCUGACACAACUUGGUGAGAGUCAUUAUCACCUGGCAAAACACCACACAGACGACGAUGGCCAGGCACAGUCUCACUUUCUGAAAGCUCUCGUGUACUUGACGAAGUCUAUCGAUAGUCCAGACGGCCGUAACAGACCUGACGUCCAUUUUUGGCGGGGCCGCUGUCUGUUUGACAUCGGGGAAAAGAGGGCAGCAAUUAGUUGCUUCAAACAAGCGAUCGCGUGUGAGACUCCGCACUCCGAAAACCUGCGGAACUUCAACAAAUUAUUCAAAGUGUAUUUGACCAUGCUUCGAGACGAGGACCCCCUGGAAGACAAUUCUAUCCUUGCUGAAAUAGCACAUGCCGCAAAAGGGGCACUCGAAAAAUAUGAUCGCCGUAACAUGAGCACUUGGUGCAUUAACAAGUUCAGGUCGGAGUACAAAAAAGAACUAUUGUUGCUUCAGAGCUACUGUAGAAAAUUUAGAGCGCUUGAAAAACUUGUUUCUCUGCUAGAAGAAUCACCAUGGCAUUCAUCGAGAUUCAGCAGGAGGACACCAACAGUACCAUUUGAUUGUGGGCACAGGUCCUUCGGUGCCGCCGCUGGUACACAUGUGCCGCGUGUAAAAAUGAGGCCAGUGACAGAAGAAAAGGUGGACAUAAAACCGCCGAUACAGGCUGACUCAGAUGAGGAUGAAACAGUAGCACAUAUGGGUGGAGCAGUUGGAGGAUCGUCACAUGACAUCCCGGAACCUGUCACGGAAGAAGAGGAGCAGCCAAUCAAGAAAGCACCAAAGGAAGCUCGCGCAUCUAAUUUUACGUACGACUUCCUCGUGACCUAUCCUAAGAACGAGAGAGACUGGGUGUCCUACGACCUCCUGCCUCAGUUGGAAGAUGUCCAUCACCUGAGAGGUUGCACAAGAGAUAGGGAUGCCCUUGCUGGAGAGAUGAAGAUCACGAGUGAGAUCAAUCUGAUGAAGGAAUGCGCUAGCAUUUUGCUCAUUAUCAGUCGAGAUUUUAUCUCGGAGUGCGAGGGUCUUAUGCACUACGCACUCCAGCUGAGAAAGGAAAGACAGUGUAGCCGUGUAGUCAUCCCAGUUUGUCGGGACGAGACACCAGUACCGGAUGAGAUCGGCAUGAUCCUGAACACGUUUGAUGCAACUGGCGCUGUGGACUGGGACAAACUGGCCUUUUGAAUCGAACAGCAGAUUUAGCCGUCAAUUAUUGUAGACAGGUAGGUCAUUUUUGAACCAUGUCUUCCACUCCAUCUCCUUUUCCCUCGUCGUUGCGAUUUUAGAUGACUCAUAUAAUAUAUGUUGGUUUCGAAUUCUACCUUAAAAAAAUAAGGUUGAUUCUUAUAUCCACUCUGAUUUUACUUUGAAUCAAAUGUAAGCAAAGCGAUGUUUUGGCGGGAAUCAUUAUAUUAUCACAUUUCAUUUUAUUUUGCAGCUAUUAAGAAUUCGCUGGAUGGGGAAUAAACAAGUGGAUUUUUAUUGACUUGUAUACAUUUUCUCCUGAGAAAUUUGAAAGUUUGGAAUAACUUGUAUGUUGUUUUCUUUUAAUUAUACACAGCUUGGAGACAAAAAGGUUGCCGUAGAAAUAUAUCCUAUACACCUCUAUACAUUUUGCCAGACUUGGUCGAGUAAGGUUUACCCAAUUUCGAGUUAUUUCGGUAUGGGAAGUUUACAUGCUGAAGAAAUGGUCGGUGACCAUCCACUAAAAUUAUUGAGGUCUUUGUAAGUUUCCAGGCCUUUCAAAAACAUGAAUCCAUGGGUGAGAACCUUUAGUCUUUAACGACUGUAUUCAAAGAUCAAAAUAUUGAUAAGAUAUUCGUUGACGCAUAGUGCAUACCAGAAAACAAGAUCAUUUAACUGAAAACAGUCAAUGUGUUGUGUUCUGCGGGCCCAAAGUUUCAAUGGAAACAGACAAAGUCCGCUGUUUGCACGCAGACAUGCCUCAAUUAUUCUAAACAGUGUUGAAAGUGUAUUCGAUGUAUUUAGAGUGCCAUUUUCAUAGCCACAUUCAUUUCCAAGCAUUGCUCCUCGUGAAAGUGUUAAAAAUCAUGUUUUUAAACAGCCGUGUAGUUCAUUUUAGAACGAUGUAUAUCUUUCACCAGUCGUGCGCGAUAAAGUGGUUUGACUGGACUCUAUUCCAGAUUUAUUCAGGAUCAUCAUAUAUCAUGUAAAUACCACAAGGCAGAGUAAUUCUUAGCUUUCAGCAUAGAGAAUGUGUUAAAGAGCGCUGUAUGCCAGUGGCGUAUCCAGCUGGGGGCAGGCGGGUAACUUUUCCCUCUGACGGAUUUUUCUUUUAUAGGUGAGUUGUAAAGAAAGUAAACGAUAUAUUCAUUUAUCGGAUAUCAACACCGAAACUCUAAGAAAACACCACCACCAUUUGAUUUUUCCCCCAACAUCAUGCUGAAUGAGCCUAAAGCUACACUGGCUUUUGAAUUUGCCCCCUAGCAACAAAAGCUGGAGUAAACUGGAUACACCACUGCCGUAUACACGUAAAUCGCCGCACAGCUAAAAAUUCACAGUCUGUCGAAAUCGGGCACAAACCGAAAUAGUUGUUGUUGUUGAGUGACUAAUAAGUCUGCCCACUUAAACGCUUGAGAACAACGCGUUUUUAUGAAUGAUUCAGCACUGCCUGUAACUAUGCCAACUUUAAAUGGAGUGCUUUACAAAGAAAAUGUUCAACGCUUAAUUUUAGACUUUUGAAAUUUAAACAAAGGAUGACGUUACAUUUUACAUUUAUACACGUAUUCCUUUGCAAAAAUCUGCAGCACUUCGCCGCUACUGAUAAAGAAUAAUAAUCAUCCACAAAGUUUUAAAAUUGAAUACUUGUUUAUUACUAUGGUAAGAAGAAGUUUUUGGAUUCAAAGAAAAUGUUAUGCCCUCUGUAUACUAAUAGAAUUGGAAAACUUCUAAACAGUUAUAUUUUCUUCAGUUAGACAAUGGUCAAGCGAGUAGAUAAUUCCUCGUCUUAACUCCAGCAUAGCUAUUUUAGCUCAGAAAAUAAGCUAGUAGUCUGUGCUAAAUAAAUUACUCAUUUGAUCAAUUGAAGUUGGAAUUUCUCCAUGGUUAGAAUCGUGUUUCUUUAAAAAAAA